UCUUUGUCUGUUUUUUCCUUUUCCGUCUUUUUAUAAGGACACUCUUUGUUGGAUUUAAGGUAAUCAAGGAUGAUCUCAUCUCAAGAUCCUUAAUUUAAUUACAUCUGUAGAGAUCUUCCAAAUAAAGCCCCAUUUACGGGGUCCGACUAUUAGCAAUGCACUUAUCUUUUUGAAGGCUGCCAUUCAACCCACUCGCAGUGACUGCUGGAUUCCAGGUGCCCUGGGGAGAAUGGAUGAGAGAAAGGGGGAUGUGGACCCAGACUCAGGGGAGCCCCCUCCUUUUCUCUGUGACCCACAGGCCUUUUUGUCAUCCCUUAGCCUCUGAGACACCAGGCCUCAGUCUGUCUGUCUCUGUCACAAGACACUGUGAUUUUCCAUGACGCCCCUUGGGUCAGGGCCUCUGCUGUGGGGAAGUGAGCAGGAUGGCUGGACGGAAGGACACCAUGUCCUUCCUGGGAGGUGGAUGGCUUCCCUGCCUUCUCCAUCCUUGCUCAUCAGGGGAUGUGCAUGAGCUGCUGAUGGAGGAGCAGGAACAGGAAGGAUGUGGGCCCUUCCACCCGUAUCGGCGGAGUCCUUCCUGUGCCUGGGCUGGCCGGCUGCAUGACCCCAGUCCAGUCCAAAGGAUGAGGUUGGCAUCCUGGUGACUUUUUUGGAAACCCCUCCCUCUUCUGAGAGCGGUCCUUGAGGAAACUUAACGCUUUGGUGGGCGUGACCGGUCAUCCUCUAUGAGUGGCCAGUGUGGCCAUGUGUGGCGACAGCAGAGCUCACCUUACUGAAAAGGCUGCUCCCUUACAGUAUCAACUUUCCAAGGGCUCAUCAAUAGGUCUAUCUCCACUGGGCAUGGGGACGGGGUCCUCUCCUCUCUGCUCUCUCCCUCAUUCUGUCCUGCUCCCCAACCCUCACCAGGGCCCAGUCUUGACCCCUGGGUCCUCCUGAGCCCAGGUGCCUGCUCAGGCAGUCUGGGGUCUCCCCUGGGUGAGGGAGGGGCAGUGAGGGUCUGGUUCUCUGGUCCUGGGGACCAUGGACCUUCCUCUAUAAUACUGAGUGCUCCUUAGUGCAUACUCAUUAGGCUACAGGCUCCCUUUCUCUUUUCUUCUACUCUUUGGAGAGGCUGUGGGGAAGGCAUUUGUGUAAGCCCCUAGCCUGGCACAUAGUCAGCCCUCAGAAAAGGUGGUCAUGAUUCUUCUGAGGAUGGUUGCUGGGGCCAACUAGGCGACACUGGAAUAGAGUCAGGACUGGAUGUGGGGAGAAACGUUGAGCUCCGGCCAUAUUUUAGGGAGUCCUGGAUGCAGAGGGACUGAGGGUGCUGGUAUUUCUUGGGGGAAGAGUGAGGAGAGUCCUGGGGUCAAGGGUAGCCUGGGGAAUGCUUGAUGCGGGGUUGGGAGCUGCAGUGGGCAAGAGAGGGGAGACAGGUGGGGGUGCCUACAGACCAGGACCUGCAGGUUCUGGGUGGCCCGCUGAGGUAUUUUAUUUGGUUCACAUGGUUUUUAAAGAAUUUUUGAAAUAGCAGUUGACGUUGUAAAAUUGAGGGAUUUUGAUAAAAUCCAGAUUUCUGGCUUCUCUUGGGAACAAAAAAAGAUCAUGCCAUUCAUUCUUGGUGAAGAAUGUGCGAGGUGGUGGCUUUCUCCUUUAGACAAAGCACGUGUGGCUCCGUUGACCCCAUCCCCACCACUCAGCUCUCCAGCAUCUGCACCCCGGCUCCUUGACUGUAGGGGCCUGCCCCACCCCACCCAGGCAUUUGGUUUUCAACCCCUGCCCUCAGAAUGGGGACUGAAAGGAGUUAAGAGAAAGAACCCAGUGGCCAUGAGGGUGGCAGGUCAGAGGAAGGUGGGCCUGGCUAGAGGCCAAGACAAAGAUCCUGCCCAGUGGGAAGGGUGGAAGGUGACUGGGGGUGGGGGCUACAAAGACACUGAGGAGAGGAGGCGUGGGAGCCCAGAACCACACCCUCUCUACCCACUUUCUCAAUUAGUUUGUGUUAGUCCUCUUCCUUCCUCUUUCCUCACUUCCUUUCUUUGCCUCUCUCUCCCUCUCCUGCCUGGGCCUGAGGCCUACCAGGACCCAGCCCCCACCCCCAGUGCUACUCAGCACCCCUUCCUCCGUCCCUGUUUGGGGUGCAGGUGAAGAGAGACCUCAGCCAGAGAUGCCCCAUGGUAGCUCUGUGGCCAUCUCCUUGCUGGGGUGUGAGCCAGCUCACAAGGCCUUUCUCCUCUCCCCUUGGGGACCCUAUCCUGGAAGGUGGGAGCCAGUCAUGUUGAGCAGCAAUGCUCAGAGCUGCCCUUACAGAACCAUCUGUGCUGAAUCUGUCUGUCCGCUGGCCCCAAGUUAGGUGAAGAGGAAGGAGUUGGAGGAGACGUGUCACUCCCACAGCCAGCCGCUCCUCCCAAAUGUGCAAUAAGUCAACACCCACUGAUAUGUUGGGUGCCUGCAGCAUGCCCAGCCCCGUGCCUGGUGCCCUGGAGGAGGCAGGAGGACAUUCAGCUUCUGGGCCUUGCUGGAGCUAUAGGAAAGCUCCAGCCAUGGCACUGGGGCUCUUCCGGGUGUGUCUGGUGGUGGUGACCGCCAUCAUCAACCACCCACUGCUGUUCCCUCGGGAGAACGCCACAGUCCCCGAGAAUGAGGAGGAGAUCAUCCGCAAGAUGCAGGCGCACCAGGAGAAGCUACAGCUGGAGCAGCUGCGCCUGGAGGAGGAGGUGGCGCGACUGGCGGCCGAGAAGGAGGCCCUGGAGCCCGUGGCGGAGGAAGGCCAGCAGCAGAACGAGAGCCGCGUGGCCUGGGACCUGUGGAGCACCCUCUGCAUGAUCCUUUUCCUGGUGAUCGAGGUGUGGCGGCAGGACCACCAGGACGGGCCCUCACCCGAGUGCCUGGGUGGGGACGAGGACGAGCUGCCUGGCCUGCAGGGUGCCCCACUCCGGGGCCUCACCCUGCCCAACAAGGCCACGCUCGACCACUUCUAUGAGCGCUGCAUCCGGGGAGCCACGGCUGAUGCAGCCCGCACCCGGGAGUUCGUGGAAGGCUUCGUGGAUGACUUGCUGGAAGCCCUGAGGAGCCUCUGCAACCGGGACACAGACAUGGAGGUGGAAGACUUCAUUGGCGUGGACAGCAUGUAUGAGAACUGGCAGGUGGACAAGCCACUGCUGUGCAACCUCUUUGUACCCUUCAUGCCCCCAGAGCCCUUCCACUUCCACCCAGAGCUCUGGUGCUCCAGCCGCUCGGUGCCCUUGGAUCGCCAGGGCUACGGCCAGAUCAAGGUGGUCCGGGCCGACGAGGAUACACGGGGCUGUAUCUGCGGCAAGACCAAGCUCGGGGAAGACAUGCUGUGUCUCCUUCAUGGCAAGAACAACUUGUUGCAGCCUGGCAGGGAGGUGAAAGACCCACUGUGUGCCAGAGAUUCCCCAUACCUGGACACGAUGCAGGUCAUGAAGUGGUUCCAGAUGGCCCUCACCAGAGCCUGGCACCGCAUCGCCCACAAGUACGAGUUCGACCUGGCCUUUGGCCAGCUGGAAACCCCAGGGUCCCUCAAGAUCAAGUUCCGCUCAGGGAAGUUCAUGCCCUUUAACCUGAUCCCUGUGAUCCAGUGUGACGACUCGGACCUGUACUUCGUCUCCUACCUUGCCAGGGAGCCCUCCGGGGGGACCCCGGCGUCCAGCACUGACUGGCUCCUGUCCUUCGCUGUCUACGAGCGACACUUCCUCAGGAUGACCUCAAAGGCGCUGCCCGAGGGUGCCUGCCACCUCAGCUGCUUGCAGAUCGCCUCCUUCCUGCUCUCCAAGCAGAGCCGUCUCACCGGCCCCAGCGGGCUUGGCAACUACCACCUGAAGACUGCCCUGCUGCACCUCCUGCUCGCCCGGCGAGCCGCCGACUGGAAGGCUGGGCAGCUGGAUGCUCGUCUGCAGGAGCUGCUCUGCUUCGUGGAAAAGAGCCUGCUCGAGAAGAAGCUCCAUCACUUCUUCAUCGGCAACCGCAAGGUGCCCGAGGCCAUGGGCCUGCCUGAGGCCGUGCGCAGGGCCGAGCCCCUCAACCUCUUCCGGCCCUUCGUCCUGCAGCGCCGUCUCUACCGGAAGACAGUGGACUCCUUCUAUGAGAUGCUCAAGAAUGCCCCGGCGCUCAUUAAUGAGUACUCCGUACACAUCCCCUCAGACCAUGCCAGCCUGCCCCAAAAAGCUGUCAUCUUGUAGACCAUCAGGGACCUUGAGGGCCAGAAUGCAGGGCAGCCCCUGUGUCCACGGCCCUGGGGGCACCUGCAAGCCCUGUGCUGGGAAAGUGGCGGGCCUUGUCGGGAGCUCGGCUCAGCCUGUGGGGAAGCCAGGCCCUGUGGUGCAGAGGAGACAAUUCCAAGCCAGAAGCUGGUUUGCUUUCAGGCCAUUGGGCCUGUGGGUGACGUGACUGUCUGGGUUUGGGGACUGAUCCUUUGCAGUUUACUGUUGGAUCACCGCAAAUGGCCAAGAUGAUGACAGAACACUUCAUGGACACUGAGUUAGAGACAAUGCAAACAUCGAUUUGGGUGUAAUUCUUGUUACAUCCCAGGUCCCAUCUUUACUUGAAUGUCAACAGAGGAUCUACAGGAAUGCUGGCAGAAACCCAUGUUAAGACGCUGCACCCUGAUUUCCAGUAACCCUUGGCCCCAAGCAUCUGCAACCAAAGCACUAAUGGGUUCAGAUAUGGGAAUUUGCAACCUUCCAUCCACAGCCUGCACAAUAGGGAUCCCACAGUGGCUGCAGGUUUUUAUAUUACUUGGAGACAAGACCUACUAGAGAUUCAAGGCCCCAGGUGGCUAAUGUCUCUGUUGCACAGAAGUGGGUACUUGGUGGCAGAGAGAAGUUUCAGCUGGCUGCUUUUUCAGCUAUACAUCUCACUCAGGGUGCACCCCCUUCUCCCAACCUCUUCCCCCAGCACGCUGUGUUCUGAGCCCCCUGGGUGCCACAUAACAUGCUGGGUACAAGCUUAGCAGCCCCUCACCCCUCUUUAUUCUCUCCACGGCUGGUCUCUCUGACCAUCCAUAUGGUGGGGGAGGGCAGACGCUGCAGGGGCAAGCUGCUGGAGAGGAGCGGGGUGACUGGGGUGAAGGACAGAGCCUGGUGGCCAGGGUGCUGGCGUCUGGUUUGCAGCGUGGCCUCUGAUGCCCAGUUACAGAGAAAGCUGCAGAGCUGAGAGGUGAGGGAUGCCAUAGCCCUGAGUUUUCCUCAGGGCCCCAGUCCUAGAGCAGGGCAUACCUUUAAGCAGGAGCUGCCGUGGAAACCCAGCCCCAUCUGCAGGCCCCAAGACCCCCUCGGCUGUUCAUGCCAGUGGGACUCCCUCACUGCACAGAACCCCCCUUUCUGGAUGGGCCUUUGCUGGCCGCACAGAUGACCAAGACCCGAAGAGCCCAAAAGAGGCUCCGCUGGCUGGGAACACACAGGGACAGCACUGCAGGCACAGCCUCCAGGCCUCUGAGAGGCCACCUUGGCACUGCUGGGGCUGCAGUCCCUGGGCAGGCGCCAGAGCCUGUGGUCGGAGCUGGCCUCAGUCUCCAGGCCUGGUUCAGGAGGGUUGGGAAGCCUCUCCUCCUCCACUGUGGCUUCACUGGCCCUUAGGGAGUUCCUCUCGGCACUGCCUCAGGAAGCCUUGCAGAGGGCCAAGGAGGCGGCGAGAGCAAGCGUACCGGCACUGCCACCUGGCUCUCCCUCCAGGGGUUGAGCUGGCCAUGCCUCUCAGACAGCGUACCUGGUUCCACGGGGUGUCAGGCUCACCACGGACUGAAGAAAAGAUCCUGUCCCUACCCCAGGAGUGCUCUCACCUAACCUCAGUGUAAGAUGGACAGUUUGCCCGGCAGGGUGAAUUCAUGGGAGCCUCAGCUGUGACUGGGCACUGAAGCCUGUAGGAAGCUUCCCAUGUGAGCUGGAGUUAGACCGAGCAGUGCCCGGGUCUGUGCUUCCCCAGGCCCACAGAGGCCACCAGGCACCCCGGGAACCAUCCCGCCCAUGUGGUCUCCAACAAGAGCCCGAGCCCCACAUUCUGUUGGGAUUCAUUUCCAGAGUCGAAGUGAACUUCCUUAUUUAUUAUCUCUGUGCCUUUCCUUUCCCCUCUUCUUCCUUAUUCUCGUUGUGCUUGGAAGAGACCCCAGCAACCAAGAACCAGCCUCAGAAGCCAAAACCAAGCCUGAACCCCCCUCGGCUUCCCCGUUGCUUCCGGGAGAAAGUUCACGGGAAAAAUACCUUCUGGCCUCUUGUUUGUUCAGAGAUGACAGAGCUCAGCGGGGAGAUGGGGAUCCUUUUAUGCACCAGAGCUGCUGCUGAAGCAGAAAGCAGCAGGGCUCCUGGUGUUUCUGGCUGCCUUAUUUAUAUUAAAUUCUUGCAAGGAGUAGAAACUGGUUACAGUGUUUGUUUUUACCAUCAGGAAAUCUGUGAGGUUCCCAGGCAGAGCUGGGGAGGGGGUGGAUUUCCUGUUGAUGAGCGGAAGCUUUCACUCCCUUUUUAUUCUUAUGCUUUCAGGAAACUUUAAAAAAUAACAAAAUAGAGCAUUUCUAGCCCAUCUUUGAGGCAGCCUGCAGAGUUCCAGAAAGGGCCUUUGAAAGCCAGCUGUAGGGUGGAUUCCAGCACAAGACCCUGUUUCACAGGGCUGCUGUGUGCAAAGAAAUGUGGGAGCUGGAAGUAACCUGAAGCUUUUGGUUUUCAAGGAAAGAGAUUGUCUUGUAAGUGGAAGAGUUCUAGUUCUUUGGGAAACUUUGGCCUUUCCACUAAGGAGCAUCCAGCCCUCUUUCUCCAAAGAAUCUCUUUUCUUUCCAAAGGAUGCUUGACUUAACCCAGCAUCUGCUCACUUGCUGUGCAGAACGCUCCAGAGUUACAUUUUGCUGUGCCUCUUGACAAGUCGAAAUGAGUAGGGCUGGCCUGAGGCCAAGAGGUUGGUUAGGUUGGAGCCCCGGCCCCUCCCUCUGCCUUGCUGAAGCACAGCCCCGGUGAACUGGGACCAGCACUUUGGCUCAUAAUCAAGGGUGUCGUCAGAAUCACCUAGAGAGCCAGGUCAAAUGUUCUGACCCCACCUUGAACCCUUGUGGCACUCAGGUAAGGCUCUUGAUAAAGCUCCCUCAAGUGACCAAUGCAACCCCUAGUUGAGGAUGGCUCUCAUUUCCUUUCCAAAUGGAAAGUUAACGAAAACCCAAGUGGACUUCUUUCCCACAGAGCUAUUGGAAAAUAGACCUGGGGGAUGCCAAUGAGCCUGCUUGGGAUCUAUGAUCCAAGUGGCAUCAGCCACACCCCCUGAGUGCACCCACCGUCACACAGUGAUAGAAGCAGAGAGGAUGGGGGAGCAGAAGCUGGUGAGCACUUCUUUCUAGCAGGUCAUUAAUAGUCCACAAGCAUUUAUGAGGAGCCUGAAAUACAUGAGGCAUUGUGAAAGAGAAAUGAAUAGGACCGAGCCUGUGCCCUGGGAGGGACAGAGUAAGGUGACCUCCCAACUACUCACCUGUGAAAAGCACCACAGGAAACGUGGAAACUCACUGCUGGUGGGUUCAAAGGAGAAGCCCAGCUAGGACCUGCUUCUCCAGGUGUGGCCCUGCACUACACCUAUGAGAUCGCCCGGGUGUGGCUUUCUGGGCCACAACGCAGACUUCAGAAUCUCUAGGAGUCAGGCACAGGAAUCAGCAUUUUGCCAAGUUCCCCGGGUGAUUGACAAUCCAAGAACCGCUGAUACCUGGGAGGAUUAGGGAAGGCUCAUGGUAGGGUGCUGCCUGAGAGAGCUUCUGAAAGAUGGGUAAGACUGAUGGGGAAAGGCAUUCCAGCCAGAACCAUGGAGUCAGUAGGAAUGCAUAAUAGAUGUAGGCAACAUUUAAGGAGCAUCUACUGUGUGCCAGGCACCCUUCUAUGUGCAUUUACGUAUAUUUAUUUAUCUAAUUCCCAUGUCAACCCUAUGAUGUGGGUACCAUUAUCAUCCUCCCUAUUUUCCAGAUAAGGAAACUGAGGCACAGAAGGGUUAAGUGACUUGUCAAAGGUCACACAGUGGUAAGUAGCAAAGCCAGGAUUUGACCCCAGGCAGUGCUGGUAUAUAUACUGAGAAAUCGUAGCAAAUGAGUUUGAAAAUGUCAAGUGGGGCUGACCAUGGAAAAGCCUUGAACACUAAGCUAAGGUAAAUGUGGACGGCAUACAAUAAGCAGCGGUGAGCCACUGGCAAUUUUUGAGUGAGACAGUUAACUCGAUCUGCCCACUAGGAAGUCCUGAACCGUGAUGAGCGCUCUGUUAGGUGCUGCUGGGUUUUAUAGCUGGCUUCCGGAGCGGCGUUGGUGGCAACAAUCACUGAAGGUCUUCAAGUGCUAACAUAAGCUGUUCCGAAGGCUGUGAUUCAGAACAUUCUCAUGCUCUGUCCGGUCUCCACCUCAUGGCAUAGAGCUGGAAGGUUGUUUGGUUUGGCCAGCGGACGGCGGGCAGACAGAGCCAAGAACCACACAGCGAAGGAAGCGUGUGCCUUCAGCUCGCCUCAUCCCCGCCCCCUUCACCCUCCUCUGCCUUGCACCCCCCCACCACCCUGGAGGGGCACCUUUUAGAGUUAACUUUUCUCAUUGCCAUCCAAAGAUAGCUUGUUUUUCUAACUAGUUUUUUUUAAAAAAAAUAGAAACAACAUAGUCAUGAUAAAAGAAUUCAACCCCUGACAGAAAAAUUAACAGAUAAAAGCUCCCACUCCUGACUUCUCAGUCCAUUCCCCAGCGAUACCAAGAUGAAGUUUCUUGUGUAUCCUUCCAAAUUUUCCAUGUAUGUAUCACAUGUAUGGAUGCCCCCUUUUUCUUCUUUACAUAAAUUGCAUCAUACCA